AUGCUAUUUCAUUUAUUUAUUCUUACUAUCGUGUCAGAUCUAUUAAUACAUGGUGCUAUUGGAGAUCCAAGUGGCGAUAUUAAUGAUCAUUUAGAAAAAGGAAAGAAAUUAUUAGCUAGUGGACAAUUAGUAGAUGCUUUAUCAGAAUUUCAUUUAGCAAUUGAUGCUGAUCCAAAAAAUUAUAUUGCUUAUUUUCGACGUGCUGCUGUUUAUUUAGGUAUGGGAAAAUCUAAAGCAGCAUUACCUGAUUUAAAUAAAGUUAUUGAAAUUAAACCAGAUUUUCUUGCUGCUCGUAUGCAACGAGGAAAUUUAUUAUUAAAACAAGGAGAUUUUGAUGAAGCAAAAAUUGAUUUUGAAAGUAUAUUAACAUCAGAUUCAACAAAUAAGGAAGCACGUAAUCAAUUUGAAUUAACUAAAAACAUGGGUCAAACAAGUCAAGAAGCAAAGAAUGCACACGCAAAACAUGAUUAUACUAAAACUAUUGAACUUCUUUCAACAAUAAUUGAGCAUUGUCCAUGGGCAAUAACAUUACGUGAAUUACGUGCUGAUAGUUAUUUAAAAUCGGGUGAUCUAUCAAAAGCAGUUAGUGAUUUUAAAGCUACAGCAAAAUUAGUACCUGAUAAUACUCAAGCAUAUCUUAAAAUAAGUCAAUUACUAUACACUAUGGGUGACGCUGACGAUAGUUUAACAAAUAUUCGUGAAUGUCUUAAAUUAGAUGCUGAUCAUAAAGAAUGUCAUUCACAUUAUACUAAAGUUAAAAAAUUAGCUAAACAACUUGAAUCAAUACGUGAUGCAAUAAGUCAAUCGAAUUGGAAAGAAUGUCUUGAUAAAGCUAAUCAAAUUCUUAAACUUUCAUCAGAUCCAUCAUCAAAUGCAUUUAUAUAUCGUGCGCAUUCAUCAUUAUGUACAUGUAUGUCAAAAGGAAAAUCUCCAACUAAAGAUACAAUUAAAAAAUGUACAGAAGUUUUAGAUACAUAUCAUGUAUCUGAUGCUGAAAUAUUAAUAAGUCGUGCUGAAGCAUAUAUAUUAAAUGAAGAAUUAGAAUUAGCAUUAGCUGAUUAUCAACGUGCACAUGAAAGUGAAGAUUCACAACGUGUUAAUGAUGGUAUAAAACGUGUACAAAAAUUAAUAAAACAAUCGAAAAAACGUGAUUAUUAUAAAAUAUUAAAUGUAAGAAGAACAGCAAAUAAAGCUGAAAUUUUAAAAGCUUUUAGAAAACUUGCUAUUAAAUGGCAUCCAGAUAAAUAUGAAGGUGAAGAUAAGAAAAAAGCAGAAAAAAUGUUUAUUGAUAUAGCUGCAGCUAAAGAAGUUUUAACUGAUCAAGAAAAACGUGCUAAAUUUGAUGCUGGUGAUGAUCCAUUGGAUGCCGAAGAGCAAGCUCAACAACAUAAUCCAUUUCAUGGUUUUAAUCCAUUCGGUGCUGGUAAUGGACAAGGCUUUACAUUUCGAUUUCAUUUUAAUUAA